CACCACUAAACAUGGUUAUGGAUGCAACAAACCCUUCUCUUCUAUUCCUCCUCCUCCUCCUCCUCCUCCUCCUCGGCCGAGGGCUCUCAUUAGUCGCGGCAGGAUCUUAUCAAAACCUGACCGUGGGCUCCAGUCUCAGCUCGUCGGGCCCCAACUCCUCCCUUUCCUCUCCGUCUGGUGACUUUGCGUUCGGCUUCUGGCCUCUCGACGCCAACUCCUCCCUUUUCCUUCUUGCCGUGUGGUUCAAUGCCACCUCACCGCAAGUCGUCGUUUGGUUCGCCACCAACAACACCAAUCCGGUGCAGGUGCCUGCAAAGUCGACCCUCCAACUCACCCAGGCCGGCCAGCUCUCACUUUUCGACUCGAACGGUCAGGGAGUCUGGAGCCCAAAUGCAGCUAAUGCGAUCGGUGUUAGUCUCCUCGACUCCGGCAACCUCGUUCUCUAUGAUAGUAGCGGAGACCUUCCGUGGCAAAGCUUUCAAAAUCCAACCGACACGAUCCUCCCCGGUCAGUCCUUGGGCGAGAACUCAGAACUCCGAUCCAAAUUGACCAGCUCGGACUUCUCCCCAGGCCGGUUCGAGCUAGCAGUCCAGAGCGAUGGCAAUUUGGUCUUAUACCCGAUCGCCAUUCCCACCGGCAACGUGUACAGAGCCUAUUGGGCCUCCGGUACCCAAUACGACAAAAAAUUACAACUCGUCUUCAACUCAUCUGGCUCGCUCUAUUACCAGGUUGAGAACAGCAGCCAGACCUCCCUCACCUCGGCUGCCAUAUACUCUCCGACCGACUUCUACGAACGUGCCACAUUGGAUCCAGACGGCGCCUUACGCCUUUAUGUCUACCCCAAAAACAACAACAACAAUAGCGGGUCAACCAACACGUGGACUGUCAUCGGAAUGCUGCCUACCAACCCCUGCCAAACGAUCCAGGCCGACAACAACGGUGGUGGUGGCGCCUGCGGGUUCAAUGCAUACUGCAACUUUGACGACAAUCAGUCGAUGCGGCUCAAUUGUGAGUGUGUGUUAGGAUGCAAGUUCAUCGAUACAAAUCGUACGUACUUAGGCUGCAUACCAGAUUUCACUGUGCAGAGCUGCGAUGAGUACCAGAGCAACCAGUACAUGUUCAAUGAGAUGCCGAACAUGGAUUGGCCGGGCAAUAGCUAUGAGCACUACACACCGACCGACGAAGACACCUGUCGAGCAUUAUGCCUGGCCGACUGCUUGUGCAGUGCGGCGGUCUUUCAGGGG